GGGCCCGGCCGGCCCUUCCUGCGCUUCGAGGGCCGCAGCUUCAGCUACGGGCGGGCGGAGCGCGAGAGCAACCGGGUCGGGCAGGCGCUGCGGACGGCCGGGCUGAGCGGCCGGACGGCGGCGCUGCUGGCCGGCAACGAGCCCUUCUUCGUCUGGGCCUGGAUCGGGCUGGCCAAGCUGGGCGCCCGGCCCGCCUUCCUGGGCACCGCGCUCCGACCGGCCGCCCUCCGGCACUGCCUGCGCCAGUGCCGCGCCCGCGCCCUCCUGGCCACGCACGAACUCUUCGGAGCCGUGGAGCCCAUCCUCCCCAGCCUGAAGGAGAUGGGCGUCGGGGUCUGGGUGAUGGGGAAGGGGCCCUAUCCACCGGGCGUGAUCAGCCUGGAGGAUCUCCUGGAGGAAGCCUCGGACGAGCCCCUGCCCUACGAGCUCUCCACGCCGCGCCACCUGAUGGACACCUGCCUGUACAUCUUCACCUCCGGCACGACAGGCCUCCCCAAGGCUGCCAGGGUCAGCCACUUGAAGACCAUCCUUGCCCUAGGAUUUUACAAGCUGGUGGGGGCCCGCAGCUCGGAUGUCAUCUAUCUGACCCUGCCUCUGUAUCACAUGGCCGGCAGCCUGUUGGGCAUCCUUGGGACAUUUGGGCUUGGGGCCACCUGUGUGCUGAAGAAAAAAUUCUCAGCCAGCCAGUUUUGGCCGGACUGUCGGACUCACGGGGUGACCAUCUUCCAAUAUAUUGGGGAGCUUUGCCGCUACCUGGUUAACCAGCCACAGAGCCCGGAUGAUCGGGAGCAUUCCUUGCGCUUGGCCGUGGGCAGCGGGAUGCGGCCGGACGUCUGGCGUGAAUUCCUCCGCCGCUUCGGAAACAUCAAAGUGGUGGAAACGUACGGCAUGACCGAAGGGAACGUCACCCUCUUCAACUACACCGGCACUGUGGGGGCCGUGGGGCGCGGCUCCUGGAUUUAUAAGUGCUUCAGUCCCUUUGAGUUGGUUCGUUUCGACGCUGUCCAAGGCGGUCCGCUAAGGGAUGAGGCCGGACGGUGCCAGCGUGUGGACAUAGGGGAACCGGGACUCCUGAUUUCUCCGGUGACAUUUCGUAACCCGUUUCUCGGAUACGCCGGGGGGCGCGAGCUGACUGAGGCAAAGAUGCUACAUGGCGUCUUCUCCGAUGGGGACGUUUAUUUCAACUCCGGGGACUUGAUGGUGCAAGACGCCAAAGGGUUUAUCAGCUUUUGGGACCGUACGGGAGACACCUACCGUUGGAAAGGUGAAAAUGUGGCCACCACAGAAGUCGGGGAGACUUUGAGCAUGCUGGACAGUUUGCGGGAAGUCACAGUUUACGGCGUGUCCGUUCCAGGAUAUGACGGCCGGGCAGGAAUGGCCACUUUAGUGCUUCAGCCGGACGCAAACUUUGACGGCCCUCAAAUCUACCAGCACGUGGCCGAGCUGCUCCCGCCGUACGCCUGGCCUCGCUUCCUGCGUCUCCAGGAGCAGCUGGAGAUGACGGAAACCUUCAAGCAGAAACGGUUCCGUCUCGUGGAGGAAGGAUUUGACCCCCGACGGAUCUCCGACCCGCUUUACGUGCUGGACAUCGGCGCGAGGACUUAUGUCCCUCUCACUCUGGACGCCUGGACGAAGAUCGCCGCGGGGGAGCUACGUCUGUAACGGACACUGUGUCAGGAUUCCGGCAGUUACCCCUCCAUUUAAAUCCUGAGUCUCGAACCAAACUUCCAAAGGAUUUAUUGGGAGUUAACAUGGCCAGCACUGCCUGAGUGCAGCUGACUCUGAGACCCAUCAUUCACUGUCACUCUUGACCCUGGUUUCCCCCCUGGGUGUAUCGUAAUUCAUAUUCUCCAAUGGGACACCUCCGUAGCCCAGAAUCAUCCAUCAUAUUCUCCCAUUAGAACUUUGCAAGGCAGAAGCUUCGGUCGCCUAGUUACUAUCUUUGAAAACAUUGAUGGGAAUGCGCUUUCGGUUUUGUCCUCGACUUACGAUGGAGGCAGGAAUCGAGCUUUCUUCGCUGAGCUGGGCCGCCGUAAAAAAAAAUCAAAUAUUUAAAAUUCCCAUCGUCCAUCAGGCCGCCUGUUAAUUUCGAAGCCUCUUCUCCCUUCCCUACCCGAGCUGAUUUUACGGCAUUUAUUUUAUUUUCCCUGGUGGCUGCCAUUCAGCAAAAUUGUGCAGUCGUUAAGUGAGCCCUUGUCCACAAAAAGAGCCAGAAAACCGGAAUUUAAACCUCGCUUUCUGGUUAAAAAAAAAAAAAAGAGCAAAUCAGGAGGCUGCCGAUGGUCCCUUGCGCAGAGUGGGAGGCGUGGUCGUAAUGUUGAAACUGGAUGGGAAGCUUACGUCGUAGGUCGGGGAUGCUCAACGGUCGUAAUUCGAGGCCUGCCUGUAGUCCUGAAUCCUCCUACCUCCAUUCUUACACAACCUGUUCCUUGCAACGCAACUGAUUUUUACAAAUUGGGGCUGGAUUCUCCAAUGUUUCUCUUUUUUUUUCUUCUACGAGGUCUUUAAAAAUCUAAAUAUUCUUCCUUUUAUAUCUGACCCACAUCGCCUGCCCAGCCCCAAACCCAGGACACAAAACACCCUCUGGGGCUGGGUGAUUUUUCUCACUGUUGACUGGGGGGGGGGAAUCCCCUUUUUUGGGGGGCUGGGCAUCGCCGGAGCUUGGGAGAGCAUUUGUAACCCUAAUUUCCUCCGUCUUCUAUUAAAUUCCUGAUUGGGAGGGGCUGAGAUUAGACCCAUUUUAAAGAUUGGGGAAACUGAGGCCCAGGUAGGAGUCACAAGCUAAGGGAUGUAUGUUAUAUGGUGGCUUCUGUUAGUAUUUUGUUUUUGUUUUUUUAGGAAUUGUAUGUCAUAACUUUGUAGUUAAUCAACCGCCUAAUUUGGGGUGUAAGAUUUGUUAACCGUGGUUUAUUUACUCUUAGUAGCUAUGCAAAAGUCAGGAAAGGGCUGACCUAACCAGCAUUUUUUGCACUUUGGAUACAAAAACAACCCCCGUUUUCUCCCUCCACCCCAAGCAAAGCAAUUGGUGGCCUACCUCGCAAGGGCAGUUUCCCCCCUUCCUUGCAAUCUUGCUAGCCAGGCCGGAUAAAUCAAUCCAGAGCUGCUCACCGUGAUGCCUCGGAUACGCUGAAUCUAUUUCAAUUCCACAGCGGGGUGGGGGAAAUUCAGAUCUUUUAAACCAGCGAUCAUGUCUGUUUCAAAGUUGGGUUUUUUAAAAAAAAAAAAUCUUUAUUUUGGGGUGUUUUGAUGGAAGAAGUUUUUGACAGGCUAGCUCUUGUUCCUGAGGACGAGAAGGGGCUGGAUGGGGAAUUCUGGGAGUUGAAGUCUCUUAAAGUUGUCCAGUUUAAGUAACACUGUUCUAGAUGUUCACCUAAGUGCAUUUUAUGAUUAAAUGAUCAAGUUAA